CGUCUGGAGGUGACAUUCAUUCGGCUAACAGAAACCAGGGGCGCAGAUAUCAACGACGAACGCUUCAACAUGGCACAGGCAGCGCAAAAACUGGUGGCUAAAGUACCAACACUGCUCAGCGCCGCUGUCACCUUCUCAAAACCUCGGCUAGCGACCUUCUGGUACUAUGCCCGUGUUGAGCUUGUCCCACCUUCCCCUGCCGAGAUCCCCAAGGCCAUCGAGGGGGCUGCAAACGUCAUCAAGGGUUUCCAGUCAGGACGUCUCGGUCAAAUCACAGUGAAGGAUGCUGUAAGGAAUGGACUGGUGGCAACUGAAGUGUUGAUGUGGUUUUACAUUGGAGAGUGCAUUGGCAAAGGAGGCAUCGUUGGCUAUGAUGUCUGAAAUUUGGACUGUCAUGCUUCUUUUAUUUUCCAUUUGAGCAUUGUAUGCUCAACUUCCUGCAAGAAUCCUGGGAACCAAUAAACAGAUGUAUCUAUUGUUUAAAAUAA